AUGUACGAGAGGGAAUGCAUCAGCAUCCACAUCGGGCAGGCGGGAGUGCAGAUGGGGAACGCGUGCUGGGAGUUAUAUUGCCUGGAGCACGGGAUCCAGCCGGAUGGGCUCAUGCCAUCCGACACGAGUGUGGAUUACGAAGGCGAUACCUUCAACACCUUCUUCAUGGAGACCGGUGCUGGGAAGCACGUCCCAAGGGCCGUCUUCGUCGACCUCGAACCCACUGUCAUAGACGAGGUGAGGACCGGAACUUACCGAAACCUGUUUCAUCCGGAAUACCUGAUCACGGGGAAGGAAGACGCGGCUAACAACUACGCUCGAGGCCACUACACAGUCGGGAAAGAGAUCUCGGACCUGGCUCUCGACAAAAUUCAAAAACUGGCAGACCAGUGCACCGGGCUUCAGGGUUUUCUCAUAUUCCAUUCCUUCGGCGGGGGCUCCGGAUCCGGAUUUACCUCCCUGUUGAUGGAGAAACUCAGCGUGGACUUUGGGAAGAAGGCCAAACUUGCUUUCUCCAUCUAUCCUGCACCUCAGGCCAUGUGGGCUCCGGUGAUAUCAGCAGAGAAGGCGUACCACGAAACCAUGUCCGUGGACACCAUCACUCAGCAAUGCUUCGAACCAGAAUGCCAAAUGGUUCGUUGUGAUCCCCGAGCAGGGAAGUACAUGGCGGUUUGCCUUCUAUACAGAGGCGAUGUCGUCCCGAAAGAUGUUAACGCUGCCAUCUCCAAGAUGAAGACAAAAAAAACCAUCCAGUUCGUCGAUUGGUGUCCGACCGGUUUCAAGGUGGGGAUAAACUAUCAGCCACCAACGGUAGUGCCCGGAGGAGAUCUGGCAAAGGUGCAGCGAGCGGUGUGCUGUCUCACCAAUUCCACGGCCAUUCAGGAACCCUGGGACAGGCUCAACUACAAGUUCGACUUGAUGUACGCCAAACGGGCCUUUGUUCACUGGUUCGUCGGCGAAGGCAUGGAGGAAGGAGAAUUUUCGGAGGCUCGAGAGGAUUUGGAGGCCCUGGUCAAAGACUACGAGGAGCGAGAAUGUAUCAGCAUCCACGUGGGUCAGGCAGGCGUGCAAAUGGGGAAUGCGUGCUGGGAGUUAUAUUGCCUGGAGCACGGAAUCCAACCGGAUGGGCUCAUGCCAUCCGACAAGAGCGUGGAUUACGAAGGCGAUACCUUCAACACUUUCUUCAUGGAGACCGGUGCUGGGAAGCACGUCCCUAGAGCCAUCUUCGUCGACCUCGAACCCACCGUCAUAGACGAGGUACGGACAGGAACAUAUCGGAGCUUAUUCCAUCCUGAAUUCCUCAUCACUGGAAAGGAAGAUGCGGCCAAUAAUUACGCUCGAGGCCAUUACACUGUCGGAAAGGAGAUAAUCGAUCUGACGGUCGACAAGGUGCAAAAGCUGGCCGAUCAGUGCGGCGGGCUUCAGGGUUUCCUUAUAUUUCAUUCCUUUGGUGGGGGAUCUGGAUCCGGCUUUACUUCCCUAUUGAUGGAGAAACUCAGCGUCGACUUCGGCAAAAGGGCCAAGCUCUCCUUCUCCAUCUAUCCUUCUCCAAAGCAUAACCGCGUCUCUGAGGUUCGACGGAGCGCUGAAUGUGGAUCUCACCGAAUUUCAGACGAAUCUCGUGCCUUAUCCUCGCAUCCAUUUUCCUAUUCAGAAAAGGCCUACAACGAGGCCAUGACGGUGGACAACAUCACUCAGCAAUGCUUUGAACCCGACUGUCAAAUGGUUCGUUGCGAUCCCCGGAACGGGAAAUAUAUGGCAGUGUGUCUCCUCUACAGAGGCGACGUCGUCCCGAAAGAUGUCAACGCUGCCAUUGCAAAAAUGAAAUCCAAGAAAACCAUCGAUUUCGUGGACUGGUGUCCGACGGGAUUCAAAGUGGGGAUAAACUACCAGCCACCGACAGUGGUGCCCGGAGGAGAUCUGGCUAAGGUGCAGCGGGCAGUGUGCUGUCUCACAAAUUGCACGGCCAUUCAGGAACCCUGGGACAGACUCAACCACAAGUUCGACUUGAUGUACGCCAAACGGGCCUUUGUUCACUGGUUUGUCGGCGAAGGCAUGGAGGAAGGAGAAUUUUCGGAGGCUCGAGAGGAUUUGGAGGCCCUGGUCAAAGACUAUGAGGAGGUCGGGGCUUCUGACAGUCGAUAGAAACCAUGACGUUUUUUCUCUUGGGAAUAUCAUGAAUUACUUGUAUGACCCAACACUGACGUGUUUUGGAUUUGUACGGGAAUCGAUCACGCGCCAAUUUAGCCUGCUAUUAAAGAGUUUCCUGAACCA